ACCGUACUGUACCGCGAGAAGCAUACUGCGAGAAACAUACCCGUUGAACGGUGGGUGGAGCGGUGAGUCGGUGAGUCGGUCACUCGUGAGCCUAGGUAUGCAGCCUGAGAAUGCUCGCAGUUUGAGUACCUAGCCUUGUAGGCUCGCGGCCUGAGGCUUGAGUUCGUGUUUUUGGUAAUGCUGCAUGGCGGUACGGCGGCACUGUACUGGUGUACCGGUGUACUAGGUGCUUACUCUAUACAGGUGUACCGGUUGGAAGGCUUGGAGAUGGAGAUGGAGUGUGUGUUCCAGACGGCGACGGGGACGGUGACAGUGAUGAGAAGUAGCUGUACUGGCGUGUACCGUACUGUAUGGAGUGUAAGUACCGUACUGUAUGGUGCGAGAGGUAGGUAUGGUAUGGUAUGGUACGGUACACGGGUACUUGGGACCUAGGUUCUCCGGUAUG